AUGCCUCUGGAGUCCGUAGUUCCAGCAGUGUGUCUUGCGGUUGUGGCUGCGCUCUGCGUCGUGACUGUGUCGGCGCAGCGGGUGGAUGUGGUGCCCCUGCAGUCAGAGUUCACUGCAGUGGUGUCAGGUGGGCAGUGGCCACGCGUUUUGUUUCGUCUGCGCGAGAACAGCCGCCGUAACUCAUCGCUGCCGUCCUCCGCCACCGGCGCUUCCGUUCUCAGCGGUGCGUUGACGCAAAUGCUUGCCACGGCGCUGAAUCCCGCGCCGCACAACACCGCACAUCCCUCGACGACCGGCGUCAUAGCAGUCUUUCUCACAGGGCCACUGCUGGCGUCACGCGGGGCGCUGCAGGCAAGCUUUGCGGUGGUGCGCAUGGUGGGGGCUGGCUCGCUCGCCGCAGGCGAUGCCUCGCUUCUUGCGCAAAUAGAGGGGGCCGAUGUGGCGGAGCUGCGCUCUGUCUACAAGGCCAACGGCGGCAGCCCGAUGGACGACGUCGCCGUGCAUGCUGUGCGGCAGGUGUACGUGGGGGACGAGCGGUGCAGCGAAUCUUGCGCGUGGGCUGUUGGUGUCGCUGCUCCACUACUUGCCACGGCGCUGUUGCUCAUCCCUACGUUUAUGUCUGUUGUGCACCUGGAGCGUGGCGGGACGGGACCGGAGUUUGUGCUUGUGGCGAGCCACUAUAAUGGCGACGAGGAUCAAGAGAUAAACGAGUUCGCCAAUUGUGCGGACUGGGGCCCGGUGAAGCUGGUAGAUCCCGACUUGCUGCGGCAGCAAAAAGCGGCGAGGAGUGUGGCGCGCCCGGAUGGGCUUGUUGUGGUGCAGCACGAGGUGGUGGAGGCUCCGAGCCAGAGUUGGCAGGGCGCGGGCUGCAACACUGUGAGUUUGUAG